AUGGUCAUUAUCAAUGAUACAGUCGUGUUCCUCGCAAUAUCUCGAUACCUGGCGAAUAUCGCGCAUGAGCAUGAAUACUUGCUCAGCACCAAGUCUCUCAAGACUUAUGUAUUAGGCACGGAUCUUCCUCAUUUCUCCAGGACCUUUUUGCAGGAUGGGCAAUUGUACUAUCUCACCACCAUCUUUUUCUCCUUUGCCACCACCGUGGUUCUUAACAUCAAUUCUAUACCGCUAGCGUAUCGUGCAGUAGCAGGAGUUCCUAACGCAGUAUUGAUGAACAUCAUGGCCUGCCGCGUUUACCGAAACACGAGGCUCGGCUUCUACAAAGAGGACACCACCCAAGUCCUCAACACCAUAAGCACAGAAACAACCCCACCUGUUUUUGUGGAAUCGCCUUUUAUCGAAAAAUCCUCACCUGUUUCUCUUUCGGGACGGGACAUUCUACACGAUGAGAUGGACAUUACACAAUUUUUUAAAGAGGACGAGCAUAGAAAGAUCGGAGAAGUGGCAGUGCAUGCACAGUCUUGCCUUCGUCAGCGAAACUUCAAGUUCGCCCUCCUACUCCCCAUCCUAGGCGUGAUUUGGGAGUAUAUCCUCCACCCUUACCUCAAUAUUGCGGUACAUGAACGAAAGAUACACCCCGUGAACAACGAAUACUGCAAGAAAGUGCCCCAGCUCGCGGCUUGUGAGAAAAUUAUCUUGCACCAGCAGAGCGGACUACUCUAUCUUGCAUGUUCUAAUCCUCUUAGCAGGGUGCAGUGGACGCCUGCAGUUGGUCGUCUCAAUGCAGCCGGCGCGUCGCGUGAUGAUUUCGUCGCCAUUUAUGACCCAAAAAGAUCGACUGUCACUCGACUCAAGAUUCAAGGCUUCGAAAGCGCACGAGGGCUCUCACUACAUGGUAUGGACGUAGUAGAAUCAACCUCCAAACCAUCCGAAUUAUUUGUGUAUCUUGUGAAUCAUCGGGCACCAUUAGGCGGUCUUCUAGCCAAAGACGUCGGGGCCGAUUCGGUCAUCGAAAUCUUCAAAACCACCUUGGGAGGAGACACAUUAACCCAUAUCAAAACAGUGCAAGACCCUAUUAUCUGCACUCCAAAUGACAUCGUCGGUUCCCCAGAUGGCAAAAGCUUCUACUUCACCAAUGACUUUGGCUCAAAAGUUGGGAUUAUUCGCCAUCUGGACAUGCUAGGGCGCAAAUCGACCUCUGUGGGAUACUGUCACAUCGAAAACGGAUGUCAUUACGCGAUCCAAAACAUGCAUGGCAAUAACGGGAUUGCACGCGCCCCAAACGGCACUUUUUACGUGGCUAACUGCAAGAAGGGUGGCCUGACUAUCCUUGAGGAGAACACCUCAGAUAACACGCUUUCCAUCGUCGACUUUGUUCCUGCUGAUUUCGCUAUGGACAACCUCGCUGUCGACUCCAAGGGCUUCGUAUGGGCCGCAGCGUUUCCGGACGUCGUUAAAUUGGUCAAAAAGCAUUUCUCAGAUCCGACGUUCCCUGCCCCAUCUGCCGCCCUUCGCUUCUCCGUACAUCCAGAUCACAACGCGAACACGACGCAAUCUAUUUCAAGAUAUCAGGUCGAGACGGUUUUUGAAGACGACGGGAACGUGGCGUCGGGCAUCACAUCUGCAGCAUAUGACGCUGACCGAAAUCUAUUGUUCCUGGCUGGUCUCGCAUCCCCGAACCUGGUAAUCUGCAAGCUAUAA